AUGCGGCUGCAGUGGCAGGACGAUGAGGGGUGUCAAAUAAAAGGCUCAAAGGUCUGUAACAUGAGCGUCCAGUCCAUACUGGACCAAUUUCCCUCCAUGCAAGGCUGUGUGUGCGCCUGGGAGGAGCAGCUUUGUGCCUCUCUGCAGAUGCUCACCACACAAUGCAAUCAGAGGCCAGUUCAGCAAAGGAGGGCUGCUCCGCUGAUAGACUGGCAAUACAGCAACCUGAGAGGCCGGGCGUUUGACGGUGCUGGGUCCUGCUUGAAACAAACCGCAGCCUGCAUCCAUGACGAGGUCUGCAACAAACAUCUGGUGCCUCUCGUCCAGGCGUGUCCUGCAGAGCGAUGCAACAGCAGCCGGUGUCAGCAAGCCACUCGGCUCUUCUACGGGGGGAUGCCUUACAGGAUAGCCGAGAUGCUGGUCCUGUGCAGCUGUGAGCCCGAGGACGAGGACUGUCUGCACUUGAAGAAUGUCCUGCACAGCGGGACAUGUGGCGAUGAGACCGUGACGUGUCAGGAAGGGCUCGGCCUCUGCCUGGGGAACCGGCACUGCAGAGAACAGCUGCAAGCCUUCCGAGCCAAAUGCUGGAGUGCUGAAGACGGUCAGUGUAGCGAGGACGACUACAGGAGGGAUGAAUGCAUCAGCAAAAUGGACCCGGCCCUUAUCCUUGGCGGGGAGGUUCAAUGUAAAAUGGCCUUCCUGGCCACCGUGGGCACCGCGCUGCAGCAUCCCUGCACUUGCAGAGGGCUUUACCACGAGGACCUACAGAAGUGCAACCUACUUCAUGAUAUACUUCACAACCGAUCACACUUCCGUAAGUAG